CACAAAAAAUCUUUUUUAUCCAAAUCCCAACUUCCCCUGAAUUUCCAAUUUUUCUUCCUCAUAUAAGCCAAUCAUCAAGAACAAAUUCUUCAACUUUUAACACACCCUCAAAUUUUCUUGGAUCAGUGUAUUAUAAAUCUCAACAAAAGGGACAAUUUUUUUUAGUAUCCUUUUUUCCUUUCUGUGUUGUCUCUUUUUUCCUACAUCACUCGUCUCUCUUGAGGAAAUCAAGAAACUAUGAGCAGAAUUCAAGAAAACAUGUCUUACACAUAUGAUGAGGCUGCUCAAAUUAGAUCUUCUUUAUCUCAAAUCCUAUUAACAAGUAGUACCAACACUUUAGACUCAAUAUUUUUUCAUUGCCAAGAACCAAAAAAUCAAAUGACUACUACUAGUCCUGUUCUUGAACCACUAUGUUCUUCAGUCUAUCUCAGACAAAAAGAUUUGCUCCAAAAUUUUUGGGAACAAAACAGAACAAAUAUCACAAUUCCAACAACUUCCACACAAACCCCACUUCAAGAAUCAUUAUACUCACAAAGAUAUGUUAGUCCAAACAAGAAAAAGUUAUAUAGAGGAGUGAGACAAAGGCAUUGGGGAAAAUGGGUGGCUGAAAUAAGACUUCCUCAGAAGAGAAUGAGAGUUUGGCUUGGAACUUAUGACAAUGCUGAGGCUGCAGCUUAUGCUUAUGACAGAGCAGCCUAUAAACUUCGCGGGGAAUAUGCACGAUUGAACUUUCCAAAUCUACGCGAUCCAAGUGAGUUGGGAUUUGGAGAUAGUGCAAAGAUGAAUGCUUUGAAGAAUUCUGUGGAUGCUAAGAUUCAAGCUAUUUGCCAGAAGGUUAAAAGGGAGAGAGCUAAAAAGGGUGGAAAGAAAAUUGUUGAAAGUGAGAAAAAAGUUGCAAAAAAUGUGGAUUUGGAUUCAUCAUCUUGUUCUUCUUCUUCAUUGGUUGAUAGUGAAAGUUGGAGUCAUAGUGAUGUGAUUUCACAGAGUAGUUCUGAUGAUGGAUUCUUGAAUAGUGAGAAAUCACCUUGCUCUGUUCUUGGUGACUGCCCCAUGGGGCCCGAGAACGAUAAUUGCCAUGUCACUAGCAUCACACAUCAUUUCGAAAGGUCUGUGCUGGAAUCAGAGUUCGAAGAUUAUUCCUUAGCAGCAAUGCCUUCUUUUGAUCCUGAGUUGAUAUGGGCAGUUCUGGCUAGCUAGAAGUCAUUCCGACUUUGUACGUAGGAUUCAAAAUUUUAAGUUUAUGAAUUCCGAUUACAAUCCUUUUUUGUUGAGCAAAACACUAUUGGAUCUUACCAACCCCAUAACUUCAGCUGUAGAUACACCCCUUCUUACCCUCCACAUGACUUGAAUUUUUUACUUUUAGGUUAAAAGUGCUUUGGAUAUUUGUAGAAUCUCUUCUUGAGAUGCGGUAGAGACCAUUUUUAUAUUGUGGGCAGUGUAAAUGGUUAAUUUUGAAGAUGUGUAGCUAUUUAGUUAUAUGAAUUCUUUUGUUAAAUUAAUCAAGAACCAGUCUCCUGUUUUUUAACUUUUCUCUAUGGGAUGAACAGAGAUAUUAUAACCUGUUCAUUCCCAGUUUUCUGUAUCAAAUUAUGAAGGAUUUUAUCUAAUUC